AUGUCGAAAAAGGCAAGGGCAAUUUGCAUUGAUGAUUUUAUGGCCAGGCAACUCGCCGAGCGUACAGACAUUUUGGAAUGCGCCUGGCAUAAGCGGCAAGAGGAGGGCGGAGAGGAAGAGGAUGAGGAUCAUCAGAAACCGAUCGUCGAUCAGGCACAGCUGGAUGCUGAGGCUGACGCAGAAGAUGCCAGGAUGCGGGCGAGACGGGUGAAGACUUUUUCGACUUCGGAUGGCUGGGCGACGAGGGAACGAGCGCCAAAUGAGUUUGAACAUAUCUCCCGUUGGCGUGCACUAACCGUCUACCUGACUUGGGUGGUGCUGAUCAUGUUUGCCUACGUCAGGGAAUUUCUUCGGAACUGGGGCAUCGAGACAAGCCACAUUAAGGUCGAGCUGGACAAGCAAAAGCAAUUCACCCCACUCUUCGAUGAUUUUGCCGCCGUCUACCAAAGAAAUUGCUAUGUGCGAGUCCGAGAUGUUUUCGAGCGUCCGAUUGGCAGUGUGCCUGGAGCUACCGUAAACCUUCUCGACCGCUACACUGACGAUGGUGGCUGGACGUUCAAGAUGAAGGGCACCCAGUCAAGCGUCAUCAACGUCGGGUCGUACAAUUAUUUGGGAUUUGCGCAAAAUGAAGGCCCAUGCGCCGAUACCUCAGCCGCCAUUAUCAACCAAGAAGGACUCGCCAACUGCAGCACUGUCCAUGAAAAUGGCCGGUCCCAUUCACAGGCCCGACUUGAAACUCUUGUGGCCGAAUUCCUCGGAGUCGAAGAUUCCAUCUGCUUCUCGAUGGGCUUUGCCACAAACUCGAUGAAUGCACCAUGUCUGGUUGAUAAGCAUUCCUUGAUCAUCUCCGAUCAAUACAACCACGCCUCCCUGAUUUUGGGUUGUCGUCUAUCGGGUGCAAGCACCAAAGUCUUCAAGCAUAACGAUAUGAAAUCCCUGGAAAAAUUGCUGAGAGACGCGAUUGCAUACGGUAACCCGAAGACGUAUAGACCGUAUCGAAAGAUUCUAAUCAUUGUGGAAGGCAUCUAUUCGAUGGAGGGUUCGAUCUCAAACCUGCCCGGAAUUAUCGAGUUGAAGAAGAAGUACGGCGCUUAUUUGUAUUUGGAUGAAGCACACUCAAUUGGAGCAAUGGGACGUUCGGGGCGUGGUUGUGUUGAGUAUUGGGACUGUGAUCCGAAGGAUGUCGACAUUUUGAUGGGAACGUUUACGAAAAGUUUUGGGGCUGCUGGUGGUUAUAUUGCUGGUUCUAAGCGCGUCAUCGACCAUCUUCGAGUGGCGUCCCCAACCGGUUACUACUCUGGCCCAAUGGCUCCUCCCAUUGCUGAACAAAUUUUCACAUCGAUGUCAAUUAUCAUGGGACGCGAUGGAACAAAUGAUGGACAAAAACGCGUCGAACGGCUUGCCCGGAAUUCUCGAUACUUCCGGUUGAGGCUGAAGCAGAUGGGAUACAUUGUCUAUGGUUCGGAUGACAGUCCUGUUGUCCCGGUCCUCAUUUACUAUCCUACCGUAUGCGGAUUUUAUGGUCGACAGAUGCUUGCGAGGGGUAUCGGGGUAGUUGUUGUCUCAUUUCCGGCCACUGACAUGACCGAAGCUCGCGUCAGGAUUUGUGUAUCGGCUGCACAUACCAAGGAACAAUUGGAUACGGUAUUGGAUGCAAUGCGUGAGGUCGGAAAAGAAUCCUGGUGCUCCUCAUUUUCUCGCCAUAAGCAUCUAUACGAAAACCUCGCGAUUGAAUGG